CGCGCGUCCUACUCGCGCCAUGCACUACCCUCCACUUACAUAAUCUUAAACACUAAAUAGUGCUUGUGACUAACAGUACAUAAUAUCCAGUGAUAAAACGACAGUGAACAGUGCUGUGUCACACCGAACGGAUGUGUCGCUGAUCACCGCAUAGGCCCACAAGAAAUGAAACGGAAAAGGUGUAUCCACAGUCCGAGCGUCGCAUGGUGACGUGUGGUAGCAUGAGCCGUGACGUCACCAUGAUGCGCUGCCUGCUGCUGUGUCUCGUUACGUUGUCGCUACAGCGCUCGCGUGCGUUCGUGCUCGACAAACAGAAUCCUUACUCACAGUUUCGUAAAUGGAACGCUGACCUCAACGGGACCCUUGAACUUGAGUUCAAGACAGACCAGCCUAACGGUCUGUUGCUGUACACGGAUGAUGGAGGAAAGUACGACUUCUUCGAGCUGAAGCUCGUCAAUGGCGCGUUGAGAUUGAGGUAUAAUUUGGGAGGAGGCGCACAGAUUAUAACGAUCGGAAAUAAUCUGCACGAUGGACACUGGCAUAAAGUGCAGGUGGCGCGGCAUGACGAGCACACGUCUCUGGCGGUGGACGGAGUGUCGCAGAGUAGGACGUCGCGCGGAAAGGAGUUCGCCUUCGGCAAGUUCACCACCAACUCCGAUGUAUUCGUCGGCGGCAUUCCGCCCUCGUGA